AUGGUCCAGAAGCCGACCGAGAAGAGCGCGACUCUGGUGAUGGAGAAGACCGCGGCUCCGAAGGAUGACUACACACGCACACUUGCGAGGGUAAUUGAGGACAAGGGCACUGCUAAGAAGAAGGAUAGUGCUAGCACGAGCAAAUCAUCAUCUAGAAGUGUAGCCGGGAAGAAAUCAAGUUCAACAAGUGCACCCCUCAAGGCCAAGCAAGCAGCGACAACGGGCAGAAAAAGAAAGGAAGUUCCCCAGCUCGGAGAACAGGCCAAACAAUCGAUCCCACCACUCAAAGUGUCAGAUGUUCCCUCGGUGUACCAGGAACAUGGUGAUUUCGAUCUGGAAGCAGCUGCGGCGCUAGCGGCUCAAGUUGGCUGUACCGUGGAGGAAUUGCUGAGUGCCCAUGAUGCAGUACUACCCAUUGCUGAUAUAGCUCCUAAAUUUGUCUAUGGGGCCGACUUGGUCAGCAAAGAGCGGCUGCAUAUACUGCCAACGCAUAUGCGGAAUUUGCAUCAGUGGUACCUUGAUGCGUGCAAGGAGAACACAAGUUACAUCGUGGCGGAUAUCCCAGAAGAUUAUUACUUCCGAAAGGAGGAGAUCCAUAUUGAGAUGAAUGAACUCUGGCAGUUAUUCAAUUUAGACGCCCUCGACAAAUCUCUCAUGAGUUGCUACUGCUUACUGAAGAUCAUUGAAUGCAGAAGUAAUAAGAUGUUCAAUGUUGGGUUUGUUGACCCAGAUAAAGUACAUCAUGACACGGUAAAGAAUAAUGUCGAAGAAACGGGGGGAAACCUACUAAGGUUUAUAGGGGAGCAAAGCUUCUGUGAUUCAAUACUGUUUCCUUACAACUACAUUUUCCACUGGAUUCUGCUAAAUAUUCAAGUUGAUAAGGGAAUAGUUGAAGUAAGGGACCCAUUGAGUAGAGGCCUGGACGGGUUCCGCGACUUGCAGAACAUUCUCCAGAGGUGUUGGAGAGCUUUGAAGAAUAAUAUUGCGGGUAACUUCGCAGAGAAGCUAACAUUUACUCUUGUACCGUGCGCCCAGCAGCCACAGGGGACGAAUCUAUGUGGAUACUACGUUUGCGAGUCCAUUCGCAUGUUAACCACUGAGAAGCACAACGAUAAUAGAUUCAACGUCGACUUCAUGCGGGAGAAGCUCCAACCACACGAGCACAUACUAGGAAUUACGGAGAAAUUGGCGGGACUUCUAAUGAAAGAAGUAAUAGACGACAACGGCUUGUUUAGUCUAAAUAGGCGCAACAAAUGA